UGAAGCAGCUCUGUCGCUCUUUCAGCUUUUCUCCGUGGAUCGGACUGCGUGAAUGUUGGCGAUAUGUGCACUGAAAUUUGACCUUGCUUUACGAGAAAGCUUCAUUCUGACCGGCAGUGGACGCGUUAAUAAGAGGAUCCUGUUGCUCUGCAGUUGGGUCACCUCAAAUGUGAAAGAGGUGGAAAGUCAGUAAACAGGCUGUCUGACCUUGUGUUUGGUUUUGUUGUUUGUGAUAAGCUCUUUAUCUUAGAUCUUUCCCUGUCACGAACAUGGAUGAGGACAGCACAGUACCUGAAGAUCUGUCUCUAGCAGAAAGGGAUGAACUGUCCAACAUUCGACGAAGAAAAAAAGAAUUACUUGAUGACAUUGAACGGUUAAAGUUUGAGAUUGCUGAGGUGAUGACAGAGAUUGAACAUUUAACAUGCAUGGGAGAGACAAAGACUACUCAGAGGAAUAAGCAGAUGGCUAUUGGAAGAAAGAAAUUCAAUAUGGAUCCUAAAAAGGGUAUCCGGUUUCUUUUGGAUAAUGACCUGUUGCAACACACACCUGAGGACAUUGCUCAGUUCCUAUACAAAGGAGAGGGCUUGAAUAAAACAGUCAUCGGAGAUUAUUUAGGGGAGAGGGAUGAUUUCAACAUCAGCGUUCUGCAGGCCUUUGUGGAACUUCAUGAGUUUGCGGACCUCAACCUAGUGCAAGCUUUAAGGCAGUUUCUGUGGAGUUUCAGACUCCCUGGUGAGGCUCAGAAGAUUGAUCGCAUGAUGGAAGCUUUCGCAUUGCGAUAUUGCCAGUGCAACCCAGGCGUCUUCCAGUCCUCAGACACGUGCUACGUCCUGUCAUUCUCCAUCAUUAUGCUUAAUACCAGCCUGCACAACCCCAAUGUCAGGGACAAGCCCACUGUUGAGAGAUUCAUCUCUAUGAACCGUGGCAUCAAUGAAGGUGGUGAUCUGCCUGAGGAUCUGCUCAAGAAUUUAUACGAAAGCAUUAAAAACGAGCCCUUCAAAAUCCCUGAAGAUGAUGGCAAUGAUCUGACGCACACAUUCUUCAAUCCAGACAGGGAAGGGUGGCUACUGAAGCUAGGAGGAAGAGUGAAGACGUGGAAAAGGAGAUGGUUUAUUCUCACUGAUAACUGCUUGUAUUACUUUGAAUAUACAACAGACAAAGAGCCUCGAGGGAUCAUUCCACUGGAGAACCUUAGCAUAAGAGAGGUGGAUGAGCCAAGAAAACCAAACUGCUUUGAGCUCUACAACCCAAGUCAUAAAGGUCAAGUAAUCAAGGCGUGUAAAACAGAGGCAGACGGCAGGGUCGUAGAAGGGAACCACGUGGUGUACAGAAUAUCAGCCCCUACUCCUGAGGAGAAAGAGGAGUGGAUCAAAUCCAUCAGGGCCAGCAUCAGCAGGGACCCUUUCUACGAGAUGCUGGCGAGCAGAAAGCGGCGUGUCGCCACUAAGAAGUGACAACAGGAUGACCUUUGCUGGAGAGCUGAUCGCUAAUAGAGAGUCUGUUGUCUGCUCAUUUACAGGGGAGCGUAUUAAAUCAACCUGAAGGAGGUUAGCUGCAAGACACAAAGACCUCCACUCUGAGCAUCAAAGACUCUCAGCAGUACAACUCUUCUUGGUUGGUGCAUACUUUAUCUGGUGAUCUGCAGAAAAACUGCAGUAUUCAUUAUUUGUUGGUGAGAAGAUUGACAAAAUGGACAUUUGCUUGUGGUGCGACUCACAAAAGUACAUUUUUAAAGGAUAGCUGUGAUUGUAACACAGUCCCUACCCUAUGUACACCAAUGGAAACUCUUCAGGUUCAGCAGCAAAAUGAAACACACAGACACUGCUGAGGAGAGUCAGUACCACACUGCCCUCUGUUGAUCAACUGCAGCAAUUACCACAAUUUUUUUUAAAUAUUAUUUUGUAAAAUUGGACUCUUACUCUCACGUUAUCAUUACCUUAUUGACACCUAUUUACCUCAGAAUAGAGACGCUGAUAGCAGUGCAAACUGGUCAAAAAUAAAUUUUGGGCCCAAACUUUUCUGCAAUUUCCCCUAAACAGGGGGGCCUUUCAGGAAAUGAAUUAUUCUAUUAUUUAAAAUUAUUUUAUGAUCACAGAUGUAUCAUGUGAUCAAAAUCAGCAGGACUGA